AUGCCCAACGAGAUUCGCGACCUGCGCGUCGUGGACGAGACAUCCUUCCCCUACGUCUUGGAGAAGGACGUCUCGGUGCCACUCAAAGGCCGUCGUGGCGUCGUCCGCUGCAAUGUCUACCGGCCCAAGACUUCCGAGCCCGUGCCUGUACUCGUGACAUAUGGUCCUUAUGGCAAGGACAUCUGGUACCAGGACUUCCACCCCAAGUCCUUCUCCGAAGUCAACCCCGAGCACAAGUCUGCCCACGCCGCCUGGGAGACGCCCGACCCCGGCUUCUGGACGGCCGCCGGCUAUGCUGUAGUCCGCGCCGACGAGCGCGGCCUGGGCCAAUCGCCCGGCCUGCUCGACACCAUGUCACGCGGCACCUCAGAGGCCUUCUUUGACGUGGUCGAGUGGUCCUCGGAGCAGUCCUGGUCGACGGGCAAGGUCGGCCUGUUGGGCAUCUCGUACUACGCGGGCUCCCAGUGGCGCGUGGCCGCACGCCAGCCCAAGGGCCUCUCCGCCAUCGUCCCCUGGGAGGGCAUGUCGGAUUACUACCGCGACCGGUGCCGGCACGGCGGCAUCCUGUCGGACGGCUUCAUCCGCUUCUGGUGGAACCGGCAGGUCAUUACGAACCAGUACGGCCGUCCGGGCCGCAACGCGAACAAAUGGGGUCCCGACACGAUCGAGGGCGACCUGCCCGAAGAGGAGCUCGCCGCGAACCGGCAGGACCAGACGAUCGACAACGCGCAGAACCGCUUCCGCGACGACGCCUACUAUGCCAGCAAGGAGUACGACAUGGGGGACAUCCAGGUGCCCCUGCUCAGCGUCGGCAACUGGGGCGGCAUCCUGCUGCACCUGCGCGGCAACAUCGAGGGCUACGUCCACGCGGGCAGCAGGUUCAAGUACCUGCGCAUGAUCACGGGCCGCCACGACCUGCCCUUCUACUACAAGGAGGAGGUCGAGAUCCAGCGCAGCUUCCUGGACGCGUUCCUCAAGGGCGAGGACCGCGUGGGCUGGUCCCAGGAGGGCAAGGUCGCGCCCGUCUCGCUGGUGCUGAGGAAAGGCAAUGUCGGCUUCAACGACGCCGAGGCCGAAAAGGUGUACGAGCGCCGCGAGGAGACUGCCUGGCCCAUCCCCCGGACGCAGUACACGCCUUUCUACCUUACGCCCGACCUGGGCCUUUCUGCCACCGACAAGCCCAAGCCCACCGACACGAAGCGCAAGGUCUCGUACCGGGCCCUGGGCACGAUGAAGGACCAGAAGUUUGUCCAGUUCUCGACAGCCCCCUUUGAGGAGGAGACGGAAAUCACGGGCCACGUCGUGGCACACCUCAACGUCUCGGUCACCCCGGAUCCGGACGGGCCCACGCCCAGCGACAUCGACCUGUUCGUCACGCUGCGCUACUUUGGCCCCGACGGGAAGGAGAUCUUCUACACGGGCACGGCGGGCGACCCCGUCCCGCUGACAAAAGGGUGGCUGCGCGUGUCCCUGCGCAAGGUCAACACCGAGAGCCCCAAGCACAGGGCAUACCUCCCACACCGGGACUACGCGAGCAGCGACGUGCAAAAGGUCGUACAGGGCGACAUCUACGGCGUCGACAUUGAGGUGUGGCCUACGCAGGUCGUCGCCGAGAAGGGCGGGCGCAUCGUGUUCGAGGUCGCGUCGGGCGAUACCCAGGGCAGCGGCAUCUUUACGCACGAGGACAAGAACGACCGGUCGCCAGAGGUGUUCCAGGGCGUCAACAAUAUCUGCUUUGGCGGCGGUCUGGAGAACUAUGUCACGCUGCCAGUCAUUCCGAAGGCGUAGAUCGGGCACGAUGUUGGCGAGCC